AUGGUCAUUGAUACACGUGGCACACAUAAUAGAAAAGGUUGCACCGAAUGUAGAUGUAACCUUUUCAAUCUCCCGAAGGACUUUUACAAUGUCAUAACAGGUGUUAAUGGACUACCAUUGACCAUAGAUUAUAAAGGAGGAUUAUUUUGUUGCAAAGAUAACUUUCAAUGUAAAUUAAGAAAGAGUUCCCAUGGCCCAACAAGAAAGCUUUUUCUAAGAUACAAAAUAAGGUGGGUGGAUUGGGAUGAACACCAAGUGCCACUCAAGUUUUACAUACUUGAUUCGACUGAUUGUGUGAGAUCAAACGGGUCUACAACAAUUCAUGAGUGUCAGGCAGAAUAUGUCAUUCCAAGAAUUAGUGAUGGUAGCUCCUUUCAUGUCCAAAAAGCAAAGAUUUCAAUCACAAAAGGUGGUUAUCUUAUAUAUGGCAUUGCUCAUGCGCAUGCGGGUGCCGUCAAUAUAACUGUAUAUGGACAG